CCCCUUUCCCCCUUUUCGUUUGAACAUGCGGCAUUGACUAACGAUACAAUAAACCUCACAGGUUGUACCACAUGCAGAGGAAAGAAAGAGCUCUACAGCAAGUCGAAGUUUCAACUAGUCAAGGAACGCGAAGUUUUCGGAUAAGAGACUAUGGCUAUUGGUCUUGAAAUACCGGUAUUUGGUGCGAGUGCCGCCGCCAAGGCCAUAGAAUCGGGGGCAACGCGCAUCGAGCUCAAUGCAGCAGGAUCAUAUCCAGAUGGGGGGCUGACACCACCACUCAAGGAUCUCGAGAUUGUUGCGCACUCCAGCGUUCCGUUACGUGUGAUGAUCAGGCCUCGCGCUCCCCCGUCGCAAGCCCAAGCUCGUGAUUUCAUAUACUCCGACGAGGAGUUUGAAGAGAUGGAGGCUUCCAUUCAGAGGUUCAAGGCGACCGGUUUACUUGACGAGGAACGCGGCGAUGGAUUCGUUUUUGGAAUCUUGGAGGAAUCUCAGGAUGCUACCGAGGUCGGUACCCAUAGGAGGAAAUGUUGGAUCGAUAAGGAGAGAUGUGACCGCCUGGUUGCAGGUGCUCGUCCUUUCAAGACGGUAUUCCACCGCGCUUUUGACGAGGUCGCCAGCUGUGACGAUAGCGGCAGCAUGACUGUCGACGACUGCUAUGCUUGGAAGACAGCGUUGGACGACCUGGCCGCUUGUGGCUUUGACGGCAUACUGACAUCCGGAGGAUUGGGGAAUGCCGUUCAAAAUCUGGCUAUAUUGGACGAACUUAUCACCAGAGCAGAAGCGCUUGGAAUUGAGAUCAUUAUAGGGGGUGGAGUACGAAAACAUAAUAUUCAAUUACUGUGCCAGCAGCUUAAGUUGAGAGAACGGAACUCGUCAACGUAUGUCCAUUCGGCAUGUCUUUCUAGCACGGACUCUGAGUCCGUUGAUGCCGGAGAGGUGAUUGGCAUCCUCUCACAUUUAGGGUAAAUUGUAUGAAUUAGCCAUGGAUGAGACAUAUUUCUCUAAGUCACCUAUGUAGGGCAUUUUCUUUUAUUCGUGGCUUAACACAGUUGAUGGUUGCUCAGCCUCAAGCCUCUUAUAUACUAAGGAGAGUAGUAGUAUUAUCACAGCCAAGAGACGAUGCCGCUAUAUGCCACCGCCUCAACCGUUGAGGGAAUGCCACCAGGACGCUAUCAUUCGUCAAUUAGAUACUCCGGUGGCUGCAUUCCGAGCCGAGCCGAUAUGUGUCUCCGGCACAUCGUGACCUAAUCUUUACCAGGCGAUAUUCAAGUAUAAGAGGAGCUUAUAUCUCUCGAAUCAUUUGAAUUGGAGGCUGGUAGAGACAAUUAUAGGAAUA